UCUUUUUACAGAACUGUCUGUAAAAAAAUCAGGGAACAUUCUAGAUAAGAAUGAAGUUAAAAGCCAAUUUUAUAAUAGUGAUACUUGUUUCGUUGCUGAGUUACGUGAAAUUUGCUUCAUCCAUCUUCUGUUAUGACUGCAACAGCGCCUUCGACCCCCGCUGUGGGGAGGAGUUCGACCCCUUCAGCCUGGGGGUCGUCAACUGCUCCCUGAGGGACCCCCCGGAACACAUCCCAGACGUGGAGUCCACACUGUGCCGCACAAUCAAGAUGGAAAUCCACGGCAAAGUGCGGGUAGUCCGCACAUGUGGGUACCUAACCGACGAGCCGAGCGAGAAGCCCUGCCGGCGCCAGACAGGGACGGGAGAUCUAUUCGUGACGUACUGCUCUUGCACCACCGACCUGUGCAAUGCGGCGCCCGCGCACGGCGUACAUGCGACUAUUGGUUUGAUGGUGUUGUUCACUUUAUUUAGAGCUUUUUAUAUGUAGUUUGUUGUUGAGAUUAAAUGUGUUGAUAGUUUAAA